GACGACCCCCAGUCCUACCUGCCCCCCACAGGUCCUACAGCCCGUCUACCUGCCUUCAGCGAGUCUGAGGAACCAGAGAAGAAGAAGAGGAAGACGAGGGGCGACCACUUCAAGCAGCGUUUCAGGAAGAACUUCACCACCCUGCUGGAGGAGGAGAACCUGUCAGAGAAGCCGGAGCCUAACUACCUGUCUGCGGCGGCCCCGCCCUCCUCGCUGCCACCUCGUCACUUCUGCUGCGUCUGUGGUUUUCCUUCUCACUACACCUGCACCACCUGUGGAGGGCGCUACUGCAGCAGCAAGUGUCUGAUCACCCACAGAGAGACCAG